AUGGAGUGUGGCCUGGACGUCAAAUACUUCAAAGAGCGAGACGAGGUGUGGGCUUCUGUUCCUCCGUGGAAACAAGGAAGUCUGGCAGAAUUUGUGGUUUUGAGCGGAAACGAGAUUUCUCACAAACCAAAAUCGCUGAGUCACGUCGAAGCCGCGUCGCUGCCGUACGUAGCAAACACGGCGUGGUCAGCUCUGGUCAACACCGGUGGCCUCAACAAAGACAACUGUGCAAAGAAACGGAUUCUCAUUCUGGCUGCUUCUGGGGGAGUGGGGACUUUUGCAAUUCAGAUGCUGAAGGCGUGGGGAGCUCAUGUGACCGUUACCUGCUCCCAGAAUGCCGAGCGGCUGGUGAGAGGCCUGGGGGCGGACCAUGUGGUGGACUACACAGCAGGACCAGUGGAGCCGCCGCUGAGAGCCUUGGAAAAGUUUGAUCUGAUCCUGGACAACCUCGGGGGGGCCACAGAGCACUGGGCCCUGGGGCUGCUGAAGCCGUGGUCUGGGGCCAAGUAUGUGACGCUCGUGACCCCCUUCCUCCAGAACACGGAUCUGCUCGGGAUCGCCGACGGCAUGAUGCAGACGGCCGCUACCAUGACAACAAAAGCCGUUAAGCACUUGAUGAAAGGAGUUCAUUAUCGGUGGGGUUUCUACGCUCCAAGUGGCCCCGCUCUGGAUGAAGUACAGGAGAUGGUGGACGCAGGGCAGAUCCGGCCCGUCGUGGAGCAGGUCUUCAGCUUUUCCCAGGUCCCAAAAGCGUUUGAGAAGAUGGAGAAAGGACACGCACGAGGAAAGACCGUGGUUCAGAUCAGUAAUCCUGACCAUGGGUUAUAA